UGAUGCUAGAGGAAAGCUCAUAAAUCCGGUACACUCAUGUCCAUUGUGGGUCGUUGUGCAAUGUAGGAUAGUUCAGAACUUUCUAUUGUCAAGAUUGUUCGGCACAGGCACACAUUUUCUUCACGUAAAGGAGUGCUGGAAUGCCAUGCGGAUUCGACUAAACUUUUCGGUGGAGUGGCUUGCCUACUUAAGUAGUGGACACAGUGAAUCCAGAGGAAAAUUGAUCCACAACGUUACACGUAUGACUCUGCGGUAACUAACGGUAUCAAGUACAUCGCUAAAAGGAUUAUAACAACUUGAAGAGCGUUAGAAACUUCUGCGCAUCCACGUUGUUCAUUCGGUCGGACUUGUUUUUCUUUGCACAUUUUAAUUGGAGCAUGGAAAACUUAACUAUCCACCAUUUUCCUUGAGUGGCUGAACUACGGGGAUAAAGGAAUGUGAAGGAUACCCUGUGCAGCUGAAAAAAACGCUUAAGGUAGCCUGUAGCCUAUUUGUUCUAUUGAAAACCAUUUUGCCAAAACUAGAAAGGAAACUACAAAAAAAUUAUUUAUUUCAUUAGGAACCCUCGUUACACGAAGCAAAGGCAACUUUUUAAAUCUCACUGUGCUGAGUGUGUUAGCCAUUCAUCAUCAUGGCGGUAACUAAAACCUGGGACUUUGUUCUAUUGGCGAGGUGCGCAUUGGUGGUAGGGUUCCUGCUGUUUCAACCGUGUGGCGGUCAGUACCACGGAGAGAAGGGCAUUUCUGUACCGGAGCACGGCUUUUGUCAACCUAUUUCGAUCCCCCUGUGCACAGACAUCGCUUACAAUCAGACCAUUAUGCCAAAUCUUCUGGGUCACACUAACCAAGAAGACGCCGGUUUGGAGGUACACCAGUUCUACCCACUGGUAAAGGUGCAGUGCUCACCGGACCUUAAGUUUUUUCUGUGCUCUAUGUACGCACCAGUAUGCACAGUGCUUGAGCAAGCCAUCCCACCGUGCAGGUCGCUGUGUGAACGGGCACGACAAGGCUGCGAGGCGCUCAUGAACAAGUUCGGUUUCCAGUGGCCGGAGAGAUUGCGCUGCGAGAACUUCCCGGUGCACGGAGCCGGAGAGAUAUGCGUGGGUCAAAACACCACCGACACCGAUACCCCCACGUCCGACCCAACGCCUAUCCGAACAGAGAUCACUCGUCUCCCACCCAUUGGUGACCGACCAAGCCAGCCUUUUACGUGUCCGCUGCAGCUCUCCGUCCCCCCCUACCUCAACUACCAGUUUAUGGGGGUGAAGGACUGUGGCGCCCCCUGUGAGCCAAAGGAACCCCACAGCUUGGGCCUGAUGUACUUCCGCGAAGAGGAGAUGAAAUUCGGACGGCUCUGGGUGGGGAUUUGGUCCAUACUUUGCUGCGUGAGCACCCUGUUCACGGUGCUCACGUAUCUGGUGGACAUGAGGCGGUUCCGGUACCCGGAGCGACCCAUUAUCUUCCUGUCCGGCUGCUAUUUCAUGGUGGCCGUGGCCUACGCGGCAGGGUUCCUCCUUGAAGACAAAGUGGUCUGCAUCGACAAGUUUAAAGACGACGCCUUCAGGACGGUGGCACAGGGAACCAAAAAGGAGGGCUGCACCAUCCUGUUCAUGAUCCUGUACUUUUUCGGCAUGGCUAGCUCCAUCUGGUGGGUCAUUCUCUCGCUCACCUGGUUCCUGUCAGCCGGGAUGAAGUGGGGGCAUGAAGCCAUCGAGGCCAACUCUCAGUACUUUCACCUGGCAGCCUGGGCAGUGCCUGCGGUGAAGACCAUCACCAUCCUUGCCAUGGGUCAGGUGGACGGUGAUAUCUUGACCGGUGUCUGCUACGUGGGCAUCUAUAACGUGGAUGCUCUGCGCGGCUUCGUCCUGGCGCCCCUCUUCGUAUACCUCUUCAUCGGCACGUCGUUCCUCCUCGCCGGCUUCGUGUCCCUAUUCCGCAUUCGCACCAUCAUGAAGCAUGACGGGACCAAGACGGAGAAACUAGAGAAGCUCAUGGUCCGCAUCGGGGUGUUCAGUGUGCUGUAUACAGUCCCCGCGACCAUCGUCAUCGCCUGCUACUUCUACGAACAGGCUUUCAGAGAGCAGUGGGAAAAAACCUGGCACAUGCAGACGUGUAAGCGCUUCGCUGUGCCGUGCCCAGUUAACAACUUUGCGCCCAUGACACCGGACUUCACUGUGUUCAUGAUUAAAUACCUGAUGACCAUGAUCGUGGGAAUUACCUCUGGCUUUUGGAUCUGGUCUGGCAAAACGCUUCAGUCUUGGCGCAGGUUUUACAAACGACUGAGUAACAGCAACCAAGGCGAGACGACCGUGUAAUCCGUCUGUAUGCUUGCGACAUUGUACAGAGUAUGGAAAAAGACAUUUGAAUUGCACCCCUAAGUUAACAAAGUGCUGAAAUUAUGAACGAUAAUGAGGGAGGGGGCCCUCAUGUGUCGAAUGCGAAGGAUGACUGUUCUAAGACAAGGCCUCUUAAAACUUAGCUGAGAACCGUCCGGCCUCAACCCCUUACAAGCCGAGAGACUUUCUGAUAGGAAAAAAGAACUAAUCCAAAGAACAUUUUACAUAAUGCUGUUUUGCGAAUUCUGACCAGGAAUUCGGGACUGUUUCUUCAAAAUGUGCCAUAGGCUAUAUGAAAUGUGCCAAUUGCAGUGAACAUAACCCUGCUUCAUAGUUAAUGUUGUAUCAUUUUUCACUUUAUGUAAGCUUUUAUUGUUUUUAAAAUUGUUCAGUUGCAAAGCCCAUACCACAUAAUUUUUUUGUUGUUUGCACUUGUCUAUCAUUGUCUUGUCAUAUUGAUCUUGUCCCUACAUUUUGAUAAUUUUGUAUUUUACAGACAUUUUUUUUUAUGUUUAAUAGCAAUGUCUCCGCUUCAAACCAUUUGGCAUAGCCUGCCUUUGACUGAACAUGUUUGGUUUUAAAUGUGUGUUAACAAAGUGUUUCAAAUUUUUUUUUUUUUUUUUUUUUUUUUUUUUUUUACACAGUAAUCUUCCUCAUACAGUCAUCAACCCCAUAGACAAUCACCAUGGGAGUUAAAAUAUCAGUUGGUUUACUGUAGGGUAGGCUGUAUGCAUGUGAAUAGUUGUAAGAUUAUGCAAACUCGCACAGAUACAUGUUAUGUAAAUAGUCACAUUUUUGUGCAAAAGAAUAUAUGUAUUUAUAAGAAAAUAUUUGCUGUUUUCUACCUGAUCUGUUUUUGAUGCGACACGGUCUCAUUUGUAUCUGUACAGUUUCAUCGAAUAAAAUGAAUAGGUUUUUAA